AUGGGAUUCCGCUUAAGUUUCAACUCUGCGUCACUAAUAUUGAUCUUGGCUUCAUUUGUAUUCUUGUUGUUGGCUACAAUAAGUUCUCCAGUGGUUACCACUUUCAACCUAGGCAAAACUGCUAGUUAUACUUAUGGUGUAUUUGGGUAUUGUUCCAACAACAAUAAUGACUGUUCCUCAGCCACCUAUCCAUUAACCCUCAGUUCAGUGAAUGAUAGCUCCUCCAAUUGGACUAUGAGCGGCUCCACCAGAGACACAUUGGCUAAAAUUUUCAUUUUAACUCCUAUUGCCCUUGGAUUCAACUUUAUCUUGCUAGUUUUGGUGUUUGCUUCUCAUUUUGGAAGUAGAGCUGUUGUUUUGAUUGCUCUUGGUGUCAAUGUUGUAUCUGCCAUAUUGACGAUCAUCAGCUGCAUUAUAACAAUUUUGGCUUUUUACCCAAAUUUGGCUUGGACUGGAUGGAUUUUGAUUGGUUCUGCAGCUGCCAACCUUGUAUCAAUCAUUUUACUUAUUCUCACCUUGACGACGUUGAAAAACGAUGAUGAAGAAGAGGACGGCGAUGCAGAUGCAGAUGCAAAUGACAAACACGGAUUUGGAACUUAUAACAACUACAGCAGAAUCGAUGACAAAUUCAACCAUAUCCAAGCAUCAACGUUCAAGAGUCCAAACAGUACUAGCUCUGUUGAUAAUGAUUUUGAUUACAAGCCAGCGUAUAACAGCACCACUUCUUUUGGAAAUCCCGCAAGCCAAGGUGCUCACAAUGGAUCCAAUACUCGUUACAAUGGUCAUGCAGCAAUUGCUGCUGCAUCUGCCGCCUCGUUAGCAAACUCAAACCAUGGACAGUCAAGAGCAGAAACAGGCGUCCCACUAGCGCAAAGAACAGGAACUGGAAACGGCUCCAUUGCUAGCAACACGUCAUCCUCGUACCAAGCCAAGCCUCAAGUAGCCAACGACUUUACUCAAAUGAAUGGUCGCAACAACACAAGCGGCUCAUUAGUUGCCGGUGCCAGUGGGGGGUAUAAACCCACAACUGGAGCACCUUACCCAACCACUCCAGGUGUCCCCAAUAGCAACAAUAACAGCAAUGCUGCAUUCUCAAGAAGUGUAUUUGAACAUCAUCCGCAAGUUGACGGCCAUAGACCAUUUACAGAAAUGGACGACGACUUUGAUGAUGAAGAGGAUAUGAGCGCAGGACGUGCCAAUGUCAUUGCAAGAACCAAUGACUCUGAUGAGGAUUCAGAUUUCACUAGUGUUUCUCAACGACCACCGAAUCCACAGUACAAUAAUCCAUAUGGUCCUGGACCGCAACAAAUCCAACAACUUGUUCCACAACAGUAUCAAAGUACUCCGUACACCAACCUGCAGCAAUACCAACCAUUGAGUCAACAAGUACACACCCAAGGUGCGUCUCCACAAGGUCACUUGCACCCACUGUAUCAACCCAUCCCUAACCAAUACGUGUCCCCAGCUCAACAACACCAACAACAACUGCAACAAUACAGACCUGCAAACUAUGGUCCACCACACCAACAACCACAAUUGCAACAACAACAACAACAACCAGCGCCACAAUCUGGACACGCUAGACCAACCAUUUCAGAUAAUGUCUUGAGCAACAACCCCGAUUUUAACUUUGCUAGAGGUGUACAACAACAAAAGAGGAAAGUGGCACCGGGAUUCGUUCCCGUUGCAGCUAGGUAUGGCAACAAUAAUAGGACUGGACCAGGCAGCAAUGCGAGCGCGUUGAUGGGAAGAAGUAGUGGUGGAUCUGCUGGAACACAAGCCAGAAGUGGGCCCUAUGGAAUGACCAGGUAG